CAGUGAGGAGUGGCUCCCUAAACACUCACACCGAAUAUUUCAGUGUCCUGACUUCUGAGCCUCGUCUUUCCUCAGACUCUCCUCCCUGGCACAUGAAAAAUUCAAAUGAAUGUCUAAAAAAUUUACAUAAAAAGGCCACAAGAACGGGUCCAACCAUGGAGUCAGUCCAUGGAUUAUUUUGUCUUUUUGUAAUCUCGUCCUACUUCAUCUUUGGCCACGGGCAAAAACUUGUGUGCACGGAGGAAGCCAAGGCCGAUAUAGUGUUUUUAGUGGAUGGAUCCGCCAGCAUCGGGCUGAAGAACUUCCAACAGAUUCGUGAAUUUCUUACAUCUGUCGUGAACAACUUUGACAUUGCCCCCAAUAAGGUCAGGGUCGGCAUGGUCCAGUUUAGCGACACGCCGAAAACCGAGUUUUUCCUCAACACCUAUGAGGAGAAGAAGGAGAUUCUCGACUACAUCAAACUCUUGCCGUAUAAAACCGGAGGCACCAACACGGGCCAGGCCUUGAAGUUCUUGCUGAAAAACCACUUUACCGAGCAAGCAGGAAGUCGAGCAAACCAAAUGGUGCCUCAGAUCGUCUUCGUCAUCACAGACGGGAACUCUCAGGACGAUGUCGAUCCGUACGCCCAGGAACUGAGGCAGAAGGGAAUCAAAGUCUACGCCAUUGGAAUCAAAGAAGCGGACGAGAAGUUCCUGAAGAAGCUCGCUAGUCAGCCUUAUGAAAAUCACGUGUACAGCGUGUCAGAUUUCACUGCCCUCCAGGAAAUCUCGCUGAGCGUCAGUCGUGAGCUGUGCAUCACCGUAGAAGAGGCACAAGGAGAGCGUCAAGAAUGCAGCGAGAUUACAGCAGCAGACAUUGUUUUCCUCGUGGAUUCAUCAGACAGCAUCGGAGACACCAGAUUUGGAGAAGUCCGCCAUUUUCUCCAUGCUUUUGUAAAAAGUCUUGAGGUUGGCAUACAAACGGUGAGAGUUGGCCUUGCUCAGUUUAGCAACAGACCGUACCAGGAGUUCUUGCUUGGUACAAAUGAAGCCAUGAAGGAAGAUCUGCUCAGGAAGCUGCUCAGCAUCACAUAUCUGAAGGGUGGACCAAAAAGAACAGGUCUCGCUCUGGAUUUCAUUCGGAACAACUACUUCAGCCAAGCUAGACAAAACAUUUCUAAGAUUGCCAUCUUGAUCACGGAUGGGGAGUCGAAUGACGCUGUGCAGGAGCCGGCACAGGAGCUCCGAAAGCAGGGAGUCGUCAUCUUUGUGGUCAAGACUGGACCUGCUAACAGUGCGCAGCUCCAAGCCAUUGCUAACAGUCCCCAGAAGGAAUUCUUGUUUAGCACGGACGAUUACCAAAAUAUAACCAACCUGAUUGAGAACCUGCGCAGAAGAGUGUGUGUUGCUGUUGAUGACCAAUUACGAGCUUCUUCCCUCAAGUUCACAGAUGUCUUUUUCCUGGUGGAUAGCACAGCAUCAAGACCAGAGUCCCAACAAAUCAGAACCUUCUUGACACGGCUGGUCAACCAGCUCGCCGUAGACAAGGACGGUAACCAUGUCGGCUUGGCGCAGUUCAGCGACAACGUUGAAGAGGAAUUUCUGCUCAAUACUAAUAAGACCAAAAAUGAAAUCUUGACAGCCAUACGCACUCUCCGUCUUAAGCCCAAAGGGUUGCGCCAAACUGGAAAGGCAAUCGAGUAUGCACGCAAAAACUUCUUCAAUACUACAACUGGCAGUCGCAUCGCGCAAGGCUUCAAACAGGUCCUGCUGGUGACGAGUGUGGGGAAAUCGAACGACAGCGUCAUUCGGCCAUCGCGUACAAUUAAAAAGGAUGGAAUACGCGUAAUCUCUGUCGGCUUAGGCAAAGCCGAAAUGGACGAGCUGGACGAUAUUUCUAGUCCGAAUCAGACGUAUAAAAUGACAACACAAAAUAUUCCACAGGUGAUCCAGAAAGUCAAGUCUGUGGUUGACUCGCAAGAUGUCCCAAGUGUCUCCCAAGACUGCAAGUCCGCCAACAUAGCAGACAUCGUGUUUAUUGUUGACAAAUCUGGCAACAUGGGACCUGAAAACUUUCAGCUUGUACGCAACUUCCUCCUAAACACCAUUUCAGGGCUCGAAGUAGGCCUCCACAAAGUGAGGAUCGCCAUUGUUCACUACAGCGACGUUCCCAGAGCUGACGUUUAUCUAAACACAUUCAGCGACAAAAGUGAAAUUUUGCAGUACGUUCAAAGACUGUCCUAUGGCAGAGGCAAAGCAUACACCGGAGCAGCGCUACGAUUCGCCAAGGACCAGGUGUUCACCAAGGAACGAGGCAGCCGAAGUGAUGAACAUGUUCAGCAGAUUGCAGUGGUCAUCACAGAUGGAUGGUCUGCAGAUAAUAUCACCACUCCAGCAGCAGAGUUGCGCCGCUCAGGUGUCACGGUUUUUGCUCUAGGCAUUAAAAACGUCAACGUACAAGAAUUGAAGGAGAUCGCGUCGUACCCACCCAGAAAGUUUGUGUUCAAUGUAGAGAGUUUCGUUAAGCUGAACGCAUUGUCAAGUGUGCUGACACAAAGCCUUUGUGGGGACAUCACCUCUUCCUUCAUACCUUUAUUCAAGGAUAUUACUCUUCAGAAAGGCUGCAGGUUCACAGCUGAAGCGGACAUCUAUUUCCUCCUCGAUGAAUCAGGAAGCAUUAGUUACGAAGACUUUGAUGAAAUGAAAGCUUUUAUUCUGGAGUUCCUUCACAUGUUUGAGAUUGGACCCGACAAGGUGCGCAUCGGUGUGGUGAAAUUUGCGAGCCAUGCGACCAUUGUCUUCCGCCUGGACACUUACAACACAAAGUCUAAAGUGGAAAAGGCAGUGAAAGCCCUAAUAAUGGAUGGAGGUGGCACUAGAAUUGACUUGGGACUAGAAGAGAUGAUCCCGCUCUUUAGGCAGGCAUCACAAACACGCAAGCAAAAGGUUCGCGAAAUACUCAUCAUGAUUACGGAUGGCAAAUCUGAGCAAGUUGGAACACCAGUGAAUAUUCCAGCUGAAGAACUUAGGAACCAGAACAUCACAAUCUAUGCUAUUGGGGUGAAAGACGCAGACAUGGCCGAACUGGAAGAUGUCUCCGGAAGCCCUAAAAGGACAUUUUAUGUCCAAAACUAUGAUGCCCUUAAGCUAAUCAAAACCAAAGUCCUUAAAGAAAUUUGCUCAUUUGAAGCUUGUGAAGAUCUUUCGGCAGAUGUGGUCUUUCUGAUCGACGGUGGAGAUGCUGUUGAUGAGCUAGACUUUAGUAGGACAAAGGAGCUAAUAGGAUUCACUGUAGAAAAACUACCCGUUAAAGAGGACAGAGUGCGACUUGCUGUUGUUCAAUACAGCACAAACGCAGUUGUGGAAUUUGCCUUAAAUGCUUUCCAUGAUAAAGACUCUUUACAAAAGGAAAUUGCAUCCAUCCGUCAGCUUAAAGGCCAAACAAACACGGGUAGGGCGCUGCAAGAAGCUUUAGCUGUGUUCCAGGAGUCCAGCGGUAGGCGUGCUAAUGCUUUGCAGUUCCUAAUACUUGUUACAGACAGCAUGUCCAAAGAUGAUGUAAUACAGCCUUCUAAGGCUCUUAGGGAGCGCAACAUCAACAUUUAUGCUAUAGGUUUUAGGCAUGCUAUCAAAUCUCAGUUGUUUGAUAUUUCCGGAUCUUAUGAAAGAGUCUACCUAGACAACAACUUUGCUUCCCUACAGACUUUGGGUAGCGAGGUCAUCUUCAAGAUUUGCAAUACUGGGUGCAAAAGACCUGAACUGAUGGAUGUAAUCUUUUUGGUGGACGGCUCUAGUGGGGACAACAGUGCAAAUUUCCAGCUGAUGAAAAGAUUAAUAGGAGCAGUGGUGAAAAAGGCUGACGUUGGGGAGAAAAGAGUCCGCUUUGGAGUGAUAGUUUAUUCUAACCAGCCUAAAUCUGAGUUUGCUCUAAGUCAGUACAUCAGCAAGGACAAGAUUCUGGAAGCCAUUUCUGAGCUGCAUGCUCCAGGAGGAAAGAGAAACACAGCCCAGGCUCUGAAGUCUGCACUCUCCUACUUUGGGGCAGCGCACGGAGGAAGGCGUUCUAAGCACGUUCCUCAGGUGCUGUGCUUAAUAACGGAUGGUCCGGUCGCCGAUUCUGCCACCCUCACAAGAUGGCCUGAAGAUCUCUCAGAUUCCGAGAUCAACAUGUUUGCAAUUGGGAUGGCAGGAGCCAGCGAGGCUGAACUAUCAAGAAUUACAGGAAAUAACGAAAGGACCUACUAUGUGGACAACUACGAGGCUUUUAAAGCGCUGUAUAAACCAAUUUCUCAACAACUCUGCAAUCUCACAAAAUCAGUGUGUGAGAAAGAGAAGGCAGAUCUGGUCAUUUUGAUCGAUGGGUCCGAAUCGAUUUCUGAGAAAAACUGGGAAGUGGUUAAGGGUUCCGCGAUCAACAUUGUUAAAAAGCUUGAAAUUGCACCAGACAAUUGGCGGGUUAGUGUCGCUCAGUUUAGUGACAAAGUACUGAAUCACUUCUACCUGGACAAAUACAGCAAUCUAGCAGGAGUGGAACAAGGCAUACAUGAGAUCACCCAAAGGAAACAAGGUACAAACACCUGGGAAGCGUUGAAAGAAAUAGAAGACUACUUUACGCCAGAGCACGGAAGCAGGAUAAAGCAAGGAGUGUCACAGAACUUGCUGCUAAUCACUGAUGGCAAAGCUAAUGACGAGGAGGAUCCAAGUACACUUGCUAAUCUUAGAGCAAAGCAUAUUGAGGUAUUUGCGAUUGGGAUCGGGGAUGAUAUAAAUCACCAUGAACUCAUCAAAAUCGCUGGGUCCAAAGACCGUGUUUUCUACGAGACCUUUGAGAGUCUUCCACUGAAGAUAACCGCAAACAAAGUUCUAGAUGCUCUUUGCACACCAGCUGAACAAAAAGAGCUAGAGGGAUGCUCUAUUGACGUCGCCUUUGGGUUUGAUGCAUCACACCGAACAAGCUUGCAGUCUUUACUGGGACCACACACAGAGUCCAUUGUCGCUGCAGCUAUUCACCGUUUGUCCAUGAUCGGUGGGCUCUGCUGCGUUGCUGCAGACAAAAUUGAAACCAAAUUUGGCUACCGUAUAGUCUCUGGCAAAGAUGGGAACAUUAUAGAUGAUUUUAACUUUGAAAAGUACGACCCGAACGUGGUCAACAAGGUGCUCCAAAUACGGUCUGCGACACCCACAGCUUUCAAUGCGAAACUUCUGAACUCCUUCGAACUAAAAUUAAAGAGUUCACGGGCCGGAGUGAAGGUGGUUAUCAUAUUCACAGACGGAUUUGAUGAUUCCAUGGAUCACCUAAAGGCGAGUGCAGAGAGUCUCCGGAAAAGUGGGGCUAAUGCACUGAUGAUCGUGGCUCUGAAAGACAGCAUGGACCACCAAGCUUUGGAAUUUGGACGAGGUUUCAGCUACAACAAACCCCUUUCUAUCAACAUGCUGAACGUGGGCAACACCCUGCUGGAACAGCUUGAGUCCGUGGCAUCGAGAGAGUGCUGUAAUGUGACAUGUAUGUGUAGCGGUGACUUUGGUGCCCUGGGACUUUUUGGACCCCCGGGACCAAAGGGUGGGCUAGGGCCAGUGGGGCAUCCUGGAUUACCUGGUGAAGAUGGAAGCCCGGGUGAAAGAGGUAACCCGGGUCUAAAUGGAACUCAAGGACACCAGGGCUGCCCUGGCAAAAGAGGCCUGAAGGGCUCGAUAGGAUACACUGGGAAUCGAGGAGAAGAUGGAGAAUUUGGUCUCACUGGGGUAGAUGGUGAACAGGGUGAGACUGGGGCCACCGGAGAUGCAGGACCGAUGGGAGACCCAGGACGCCCAGGUGUGAAGGGAGUUCGAGGAGGUUCUGGUCCGAAGGGAGAACACGGUGUGAGAGGAGAUCCUGGAACAUCGGGAGCAGACAGCAACAUACCAGGUCCAAAGGGUGAGAUGGGAUACGUCGGCCGUCCUGGUGAUCAAGGUCCAGACGGUGCUCCGGGUGUCUUAGGCGAGCAUGGGCAGCCCGGUUCUCCAGGGAGGAAAGGACCACCAGGGACACAGGGGCUUUCCUCCACUGAACAAGGAGAACCAGGACCAGUGGGUACCGCUGGACAUCCGGGAUCACGGGGUCCUCCUGGAAGAAAUGGAGUCAAAGGAGAGAAAGGUGAUCAAGGUCUCCCUGGAGUUCAGGGACUGUACGGUGCGGUCGGGGAUAAAGGAGCCAAAGGAAACCCGGGACACAAAGGGCCUCGGGGUCCACUAGGUGACAUGGGCAGUAAAGGGGACACUGGACCAGAGGGUGUCAGAGGACCACCGGGCAACAUUGGAGCAGACAGUUACGGACCUCCAGGACGUAAAGGACAUAAAGGAAAUCCUGGUUUUCCUGGUUAUCCGGGUUUGCCGGGUGAAGAUGGAACUAAAGGAUCCACUGGACAGAGAGGACCCAAAGGACAUCGAGGACAGCCGGGGAACAGAGGAAAUCGGGGACCUCCUGGAGAUCCUGGAGAGAAAGGCUUUAUCGGACACCAGGGUCCUAAAGGCUUGCCAGGAACCAGUGUGAAAACUGAAUGUGAAUUAGUGAAUUACGUGCGUGAAAACUGCGUUUGCUGUGGAGGUCGCACUCACUGCCCAGGUUACCCCACGGAGCUGGUCAUUGCUCUGGACAUGUCUUCUGAUGUAACCUCCAAGGCAUUUGAGGAGAUGCGUUCAACAGCUGUGUCUCUGCUAGAGGACAUCGAUAUCGCUGAGACAAACUGUCCAGUAGGAGCUCGGGUUUCCGUUGUGUCCUACAACAGUCAAACCAGUUACCUGAUUCGUUUCUCGGACCACAAUCGAAAGAGUCAGCUCCUGGAGGCGGUCAGGGGAAUCUCUCUACAGAGGAGCAGGAGUCGCCGGGAUAUUGGCCAGGCCUUGCGCUUCAUUGCAGACAACGUCUUUAAACGUGUCCGAAAUGGCAAACUGGUCAGGAAGGUGGCCAUUGUCCUGACGAACGGGGAAUCAAAGGACAUGUCAGCCAUCAACACGGGUAUGCUGAAGCUCAAGGCUUCAGGAAUCAAUCUGGGAGUCAUCACCUUCAAAGAUGCUCCAAACAUUCGUCAUGCCAUCCAGGCUGAUGAAACAGGAAGGUUCAAGGUUUUUACCAAUGACGAACACAGUUGGAUUAAAGAGUGUGUCAUCUGUUACGAUGACUGUAAACCAGACCAGACGUGUAACAUCAACCUAAACCCUGAGCCUGAGGAGGUUGAUGUAGACCUAACUAUAAUGAUGGACUCCUCUUACGAUCUUCAGGCUGGUCAAUUCUCUGACGUCAAGGAGUUUUUGGUUUCCGUGCUGGAAACAAUAGACGUGAGCAAUGAACCUAGCAGAGAGGACGGGAAGGCCAGGAUCGGUGUGUACCAGCAGAGCUCCACGUACCCUAACCACAAUGUUAAGGAGGUGCUGGGACUCGGUACACUUAGAGACCGAGCCGUGAUCGAGAGACGCAUUUCUGAAGACAUGCUGCAAGCCGGCGGCUCACCACGUCCAGAUACAGCUCUGGAAUGGAUGGUAUCCAACGUUUUCCUGGAGGCACAGGCACCGAGGAAGAAGCGAAUGGUCCUGAAUGUCCUGGGUGAAGAAUCCGCGAGUUUCAUCGACAAAGACGAGCUGAAAUACAUCUCUACACUGGCUCAGUGUAACGAUAUCGUGAUGGUCACGCUGACAGUGGGAGAAAAAUUCAGCUGGAGUCAGGUAGAAGGUCUCACCACACCACCAAUUGAUCAACACCAUAUACCCCUGGGGCAGCUGGGGCUGAGGGACCGACAGUAUGCUCAGAAAUAUCUACGAGCCUUCCUACGCAUGCUCACCAGAGAUUUCUUCCCCAAACCCUCGUCUCUAAAUGAUGAGUGCAGCACUUUUGUUGUUCGGCAGAUUGAACACUUGCCUGUUGUUCCUCCAACAAAACAAGAUGAAGCUUUCAUCCCGGGUGAGUUGUUCCCUUCUCCAGCCAUUCCCGAGAUCUACACUGAAGCCAGCACAGACAUGUACCAGGAGGUCACGGCACCACAUCCUCAGCAGUUCACGGAGAUCUAUACGGAAACCUACACAGACGUCUACACCGAGAAGUAUGUGCACAUGUAUACGGAACGUCCGGAAAUCCACACCGAGAUCUUCACGGACGUGUAUCAAGACCUGUUCACAGAGGUGUACGAGGACGUUUACCAGAACGAGUACCGGGACCAGGCCACACACGAGGGCACCAGAGGAGACGGGAAAGUGAUGGUAUUGAAGAGCGAGGGAGUGGAGAAGCCUGACGGAGUGGACGCGGUGCACCAGCCGGACGAGACGAAGGACCGGUGCUCACUGGACAGGGAUAUGGGGAGAGUGUGUUCCAACUACGAGUCCCGCUGGUACUACGACCACCAGGCUCGCCAGUGCAAGCACUUCUGGUACGGCGGCUGCGAAGGGAACGACAACCGCUUCCUGAGCAAAAGCGAGUGUGAGGAGACGUGCGGCGGAUCACAUGAUCUUCUCAAGGAUGAACCUUCGAAAGCAGAAGAUGUUUGCCAGCUCUCUCAGGACAUGGGCUCCUGCUUUAACUUCAUGCUGAAGUGGCACUACGACGCGUCUCGCCGAGAGUGCAGCCGCUUCUGGUACGGAGGCUGCGAGGGUAAUGGGAACAGGUUCGACACACGAGAGGAGUGUGAAGUUCGCUGUCUGAGAGCCGUGAAGAGGCUCUGAACACACAGCACAUCAGGAACAUCUGCCUGGGGUUAAUUUAAUGUGUUGAGACGUUAUUUUUGAAAUGAUUUUAAUUUUCUAUGUUUCCUGAUGAACAGAAGAUCAGUCCGGUGUUCCUCUCUGUCUCUACAGAGUCACGUUAUUAAUCUAAUGUCAGAAUUCAGACUGAGAUAGACGAGGAAAAUAUAUAUAUAUUAACUGCAUUUAGCAAGAUGAGAUUUAUUGGACCCUGAGUGAACAAAAAUGUCUCCUUGUAAAAAAAUGAUGAAAG